GCCAAGGAUAUUUGAUUUAAUUUCCCAAAGAAAAUGAGAGUACCAAGCUCUGUCCUCUGUUAUUUCCUUCCACUUCUUCUUGCCUGCUGUGCCGCAAAAAAGUCUUAUGUAGUGUACAUGGGAGCCCACUCACAUGACCCAACACAAUUGUCUCCUCUUCAUUUCAAUCGCGUCUCUCACUCCCACCAUCAGUUUCUUCAAUCUUUCUUGGAAAGUUAUGAUGCAGCCAAAGAAUCCAUCUUUUACUCUUACACAAGGCACAUAAAUGGUUUUGCUGCAAUCUUGGAAGAAGAAGUAGCAGCUGAGAUCGCAAAGCAUCCGAAAGUGAUAUCAGUGUUCGAGAAUAGAGAGAGGAAACUACACACGACUCGGUCAUGGGAAUUCAUGGGGCUGGAGCAAAAUGGAGAAGUAACAUGGAACUCAAUAUGGAAGAAAGCAAGAUAUGGUGAAGGUGUUAUCAUUGGAAACUUGGAUACAGGCGUUUGGCCUGAAUCUGAGAGCUUUAAUGAGAAAGGGUUUGGACCGAUUCCAUCAAAGUGGAGAGGAAUAUGUGAUCAUGGAUCUGAUCCUACCUUUCACUGCAACAGGAAGUUGAUCGGGGCAAGGUACUUCAGCAAAGGAUUUCUUUCACUUGCAGGAAAAGUGAAUGGGUCAACGGAAGAGGACUUUGAGUCACCAAGAGACAUCGAAGGGCAUGGGUCCCACACCCUCUCAACAGCUGCGGGCAACAUGGUUGCCGGAGUCAGUGUCUUUGGCCAUGGCUAUGGCACCGCCAAGGGCGGCUCGCCCAAGGCACGUGUGGCGACAUACAAGGUUUGCUUCGCCGGCGGCGGCUGCUCCGAUGCGGAUAUGAUGGCGGCCUUCGACAUGGCCAUCCACGACGGCGUGGACGUGUUGUCGGUGUCCAUUGGUGGCCCUCCUUCUGCAUAUUUCAAUGACAGUAUUUCCAUUGGGUCCUUCCAUGCCGCCAUGAAUGGCAUUGUGGUUGUUUGCUCCGCUGGCAAUAGUGGCCCUUUUGAUGCUUCUGUUGUGAACCUUGCGCCUUGGCAUAUCACCGUUGCUGCCAGCACCAUGGAUAGGGCGUUCGCUAGUUAUGUUGUUCUCGGCAACAAUAUCACCAUUAAGGGUGAAAGUUUAUCUGCUUCAAAAAUGGCGCACAAGUUCUACCCAAUCAUUAAAGCUGUAGAUGCUAAAUUGGCUAGCGCAAAAGUUAUAAAUGCUGUGUUGUGUCUGAAUGGAACACUAGACCCGAAGAAGGUGAAGGGAAAGAUUGUGUUGUGCCUCCGGGGAUCAAGUUCAAGAGCCGAGAAGGGAGAGGAAGCUCUUCUAGCAGGUGCCGUGGGAAUGGUUCUUGCAAAUGAUAAGAUCGAUGGGAAUGAAAUAUUAGCCGAUCCUCACCUCCUUCCUGCCUCUCAUGUCAAUUUCACUGAUGGUCUCACUAUAUUUGAUUACAUCAACUCCACCAAGUUCCCAAUGGCUUAUAUUACAUAUCCAAAGACUUUGUUACAUACUAAGCCAGCUCCUUUCAUGGCUUCAUUCUCAUCAAAAGGGCCUAAUAUCCUUGUACCAGAGAUCCUAAAGCCUGAUAUCACUGCACCAGGUGUGUCAGUUAUAGCAGCAUACACAGAAGCCCAAGGGCCAACCAAUGAGAAGUUUGACAAGCGUAGGAUUCCAUAUAACUCACUCUCAGGCACAUCAAUGUCUUGUCCUCACAUUUCAGGCAUCGUCGGAUUGUUGAAAACCAUGUAUCCUUCUUGGAGUCCGGCGGCUAUUAAGUCUGCAAUCAUGACCACUGCCACAACACUGGAUAAUGAGGCAGAGCCACUGCUAAAUGCUGCUAAUCGCAAGGCAACACCAUUUAGUUAUGGGGCAGGGCAUGUUGACCCCAACAGCGCAAUGGAUCCUGGCCUUGUUUAUGACACAACAAUCGAUGAUUACCUCAACUUCUUAUGUGGUUUAGGCUACCACGAAAAACAACUUUCCAUGUUUACAGAAGGUCAUCAUUAUAAAUGUGCAACAAAUUUCAGUAUCCUCAACCUCAACUAUCCUUCAAUCACAGUUCCAGAAUUCCCUGGCUCACUCACACUCACAAGAACCCUCAAAAAUGUUGGUGCUCCGGCUACAUACAUUGCUCAAGUUCAAAACCCAAGAGGGAUCACUGUUUCUGUCAAGCCUAACAUACUCGAGUUCAAAGAGGUUGGUGAAGAAAAGAUGUUUGAAGUAACCCUGAAGGGGAGGCAAGGAGAAGCAAGAAAUAAUCAUUUCAAAUUUGGAAGACUGAUUUGGUCAGAUGGCAACCAUUUUGUGAAAAGUCCAAUUGUCGUCAAGUCUAAUUGAUUUGGUGCUUGCAAAUUGUACCAUACAGCUUCCAAAUUUGUGCUUUAGAAAGUUUUCAUGUACUGUUGUUGAUGGAAAAAUAAUGAUUGCAUGAGAGAAUAAAAAUGUGAACCAAAUAGACUUGUA